AUGGCGUUAUCUGUCGAGCUACCUCACGAAACAGUAGUAACAUCUGCUCCAGAAAUAUUGUCUGAUGAGCGUAUCGAGGAAUUGCUACAGGAAGCUGAGACCCGACUACGACAGAAGGCCGGUCUCGAGGCUCUUGACACUGUUCCUACCACAGCCGGACCUGUAAAGCGUGUUCACUUGCCAAAGCUUGAGCACAACCUCGAGAAAGCGUCCUACCUCAAGAAUCACAAUGGCGUGGUCAAGACAAAUGCCGAUCUAAUGGUUCCAGUGGCACAGCGCAAAAUGGCAGAUGGUCUUAGAAGUGUGGUCAAUGAGACGGAAAAUCGUAAGAAAAUGAACGAUCAAACCGACGCAGGCGCAGAUUGGUUCAAUUUGCCGAAGACCGAACUCACUACAUCUCUCAAGCGCGAUCUGCAGCUUAUCGAAAUGCGCAGUGUCCUCGAUCCUCACAGACAUUACAAGAAGAACACUCGGGAGGGCAAGAUCCCAACUUUCUCUCAGGUCGGCACAGUUGUGGAGGGUCCAACAGAGUGGUACUCUGGUCGCAUCAACAACAAAGACCGAUCGAAGACCUUUGUCGAGGAGGAGAUGCGCACUGAGCAGAACACUGGUCGCUUUAAGAGGAAGUACAACGAAAUUCAGGCUGCGAAGACUAGUGGUAAGAAAGCUCAUUACAAGAAAUUGAUGGCAAAACGAAAGCCCAAGGGCUAA